CUUAUCUAUCUGUACUCUGGGGAACCAGAUUCCUUCUUCUAUCUGAUCAGAUCUGCACAGCACCGGGAAGAGAAACUCCACCGACUGACAGGUAUCAGCUCCAUUGGGAACAUACGAGAUUCCAGCUAAACCAUGGCCAAUGCCCCGACAGACCGGUACAACGCUGUCUGGUUUAUAUUCUUCAUCCUGGGCCUGGGCACUCUGUUGCCAUGGAAUUUUUUCAUGACUGCCACCAUGUAUUUCACAAACCGCCUGGGAGAGCCAGGGGAUCUGAGGGAGAGCAGCGCGGAAUUUUCAACGGCCACCCCUGUGACUGUGCUCCCUAUCGGCCUAAAUAACACCAGUGCAAGGGCCAGUGCAGAGGAUGUGGUAGCACCUCGGACUUACCUCCAGAGCAAAUUCAAUAAUGUGAUGACACUGUGCGCAAUGUUGCCCCUCCUCAUAUUCACCUGCCUCAACUCAUUCUUGCACCAGAGGAUUUCCCAGAAUAUUCGAGUUGGUGGAACCUUAUUGGCCAUUUUCCUCAUCUUCCUCCUCACAGCCAUCUUUGUUAAGGUUCCCUUCUCCCCGGUCUCUUUCUUCACUGUCACCAUGAUAAAGAUAAUCUUCAUCAACUCAUUUGGUGCAAUCCUACAGGGCAGUCUGUUUGGGUUGGCAGCACGCUUCCCGGCCAGUUACACUUCUCCCAUAAUGAGCGGGCAAGGCAUGGCGGGUGCAUUUGCAGCGUUAUCCAUGAUCUGUGCUAUAGCAAGUGGCUCCGCCCUGGAAGACAGUGCAUUUGGCUACUUUAUAACCGCCUGCGUUGUCAUCUUACUGGCGCUCUUUUCAUACAUAGCUCUAAACAAACUGGAGUUCUACAGAUAUUACACCAUGGAAAGAGUCUCAGCCGCUGCUCCGGCUGAAGUGGAGCUAAAGAAAGACCUGCUGGAAAAUGGGGGCAAUGUGGCUGAGACUGGAGCAGAGGACACUGAAGGAGGAAAAUCUGUCAUCCAGAUCCUAAAGAAGAUGUGGGUGCUGGCGCUGUCCGUGUGCUUGGUCUUUACUGUCACCAUUGGAAUUUUCCCAGCAGUCACAGCAGAUGUGAAAUCGACCAUUGCGGGGGACAGUAAGUGGGGUGUUUAUUUCAUUCCUGUGUCCUGCUUUCUGCUCUUUAACCUGUUUGACUGGGCUGGGCGGAGUCUCACCGUGCUCACAAUGUGGCCUGGGCAGGACAGUAAACUACUCCCUCUGCUGGUGGCAGCUCGGUUGGUUUUUCUGCCUCUCUUUAUGUUGUGUAACGUCUCGCCUCGUAACUACCUACCUGUCCUUCUUGCCCACGAUGCCUGGUACAUCUGCAUCAUGAUCGUGUUUGCUUUGUCAAAUGGCUACCUCGCCAGCCUGUGCAUGUGCUUUGGACCCAAGAAAGUCAGGGUGCAUGAGGCAGAGACGGCUGGAGCUAUCAUGGCUUUCUUUCUAUCCCUCGGCCUGGCCUUUGGAGCUGGACUUUCAUUCCCCUUACGCAUCCUCGUCUGAUUGGACCUGGGCAGAUAAAUCACUUUUCUGCCAUCACCCGUAGAAUACUCUGAUCUCUACUGGUGCUACCUCUAUUACUUCAGAAAGAUCAGUAUUUGUAAGCGGAGUGACCUCCAACAGAAUAAUGUGACAUUUAAUUACCAGUUCCUGUCUCUUUGUGCUUGGAGACCCAGUGUGGGAUUGGACAAUGUCCUCCCCUAGAAACGCAUUGCUCUUUGAGCCCCUGCAGCUGUUUGGAUAACAUUACUUUAUGUACAGGGGCCCCUAUUGUGCUCAUUGCAGUACCAUUCCCCAUGCAGUACUGGGAUCCUGCUUCUUCCUGGCACAGGGCCCCCAGGUGCCAUUUUGCCUGUAUGAUGCCAAAGUUACAAUCACCUGUGACCACAAGGACAGUGCCCAUUUUGCCCACCCUCCUGGAUUUUCUGUGCCAAUCAGUUGGGAUAGAAAAGCGGAUCCUGCAAAUAUGCCCCUUGGGGCUCUGACCCCUUGAGUGUUUACUGACUUUUAUAUUUACUCAUUACUAUUUUUAUAUCUGAAACUGAUAUUCCAGAAUAACCCUUGCACCCCAUUAUCAUUAUAUGCAGUUUACAAGGUUGGGAGCCAAUGAAAGAAGCUCACGCUGAUGCAACGUUAAUAAAGGGUUGUUUGUAUUAA